UGUGCUUGUAACAAAUAUCUUUAAAAUAGAGAAUGGAGAUAUGUGGAAGAAGAAACUUCUAUUCACAGAAAAUAAACAUGUUUUUGCGAGUAAUGACUAUGUUGGGGGUCAUCAGCACUACACUUGGAAAACGACAUGACUUAAUUCUGACGGAUGAUGACCGAAAACAGAUUACCCUUAGUUCAUUUGGUUUUCUGAAAGGAGGAACUCUGUCUGUUAAUAUUACUAACUUUAAUUAUAAACUAAAUUCCAAGACUCUUCCUGAUGAAAAUGUGACAUUAUUUGGCUUCACUUUAGAUAAAAGUGGUAGUACAGGCUUGUCUUCUUAUAUGGAAAGUGAACAUACCUCAAAAUGCAUUUUACAAGACUAUACAACAAUAACUGGUGACAAAACAAAGGACCAAAUGUCAGUUGUAUUUUUUAAAAUGGAUCUUGUAAAUGAAAGAGUGAUUAUCGAAAGAGUGGGUAAUGAUGUUACUAAUUUAACCGUCUCAAACCUAAAUCAGAAAGAAUAUCGUGAUAAAAAACGUGACCAGCGUAAGACUCGAAGAGAAGCUAUUGCACAGAGUGUAGCUAAUAAUAACCUUCUACGACGUCAAACAAGAGAUAGUGAAGGUGAUCCAGAAGUAAAAGAAUCAUCCGUUAAAACUCCUCCUACUACCACUUUAACUUCUGCUGCUCCAUCUGCUGCUCCUACCGUUAUAAAGGUAGAAACAAAUCCAACUUCUAAAAACAAUACAAAUAUUUCUACAAAAGCACCAGUAAAACCAGAGACUGCUGUAAGCAAGGAAACUACACCAGAUGUUCUUCGUAACCAGGUUGACAUAAAGAAAAAUAAACAAGGCAAUUAUGAUACACAUUUUCUGGUAGUUAUUAAUAGUGAAACGGAAGAAGGUUUAUACAGUCUGUUUUUCCACAAUUGUUUGAACUUUAAGCCCAACGUGGACUCAACAGUAACUAUGACGUUACAAGUAGUAGAAGAGAAUAAUGGUAAUUAUUUAUCUGCUGGAAGUCAACCAGAACCAACUUUAUUUUUUGUCUUCUUUUUAUCGUAUUUUAUCUGUGGUUGUAUUUGGUUGUCCGUUCUACGUAAAGCAGAGAAAAAUGAUGUGUAUAAAAUCCACUAUUUGAUGUUAGCUGUUGUAUGGGUUAAGAGCGUAUCCUGUUUAUUCCAUGGUAUCAACAGUCAUUUUAUAGCUAAAUCUGGUAUACCUGAUGAAGCCUGGGCUAUUCUCUGGUAUAUUGUAUAUCUAACCAAAGGUGCAUUGAUGUUUGGAACAAUAUUAUUGAUUGGUGCAGGAUGGGCCUUUAUAAAACACAUGUUGAGUCACAAAGAAAAGAAAUUAUUUGCCAUCUUUUUACCAUUACAGGUAUUAGAACAAGUAGCUUGGGUUAUUAUAGAAGAAAGUGAUGAGGGACAAUUCCGUUACACAACCUGGAAACAGAUAUUUUUUGUUGUGGAUUUACUCUGUUGUGGAGCCAUUUUGUUUCCAGUUGUAUGGUCCAUCCGCCACCUUCAAGAAGCAUCAGCAGUGGAUGGUAAAGCUGCGAUGAAUUUAAAUAAACUGAAAUUAUUUAGACAUUUUUAUAUAAUGGUUGUUUGUUAUAUAUAUUUUACUAGAAUGAUAGUUUAUCUGUUAAAAAUAACACUACCAUUCCGACAUGAAUGGUUGACAGAAUUUUUCCGAGAGAUAGCUGUAUUUUUAUUUUUCUUUGUUACUGGUUAUAAGUUCCGACCAGCUUCUAACAAUCCAUAUCUGCAGGUACCACAAGAUUCUGAUGAUGAAAUAGAAAUGGAAGAAGUAUUAACAAAGAAUGCAACAACUGAUACAUUGAGUAAAGUUAAUCAACAUCUAGUCGAGAAGAAAAAGAAUACAAAUAAACAGGAGGAUGGAAUAAAACAAAGAGAAAGUAGUUUAGAGUAUGAUUAAAUACAUACUUAUAUAUUAUAUUUCUUACUUUCUAACAUCCAUUAUAGGAAGAUUAGCACAGUUUAACACUGUUAUUUGUCAUUGAAACUGGAAUAUAACAGAAACUCAUUUGAAUAUUAGUUCAACCAAGUUAAGAGUAAUUCCAUUGGUCGUAAUGGAGCAAUCCUAGAUAUAUUGUGAUCAUUCAAAUUUAAAUAUCUUAAUCCAUUUGUAUAGGACCCAUCGUGUUGUACAGGACCCAUCGUGCUGUGCACGGGUACAGGAUCCAUCAUGUUUUCGCUCUAAAUAAUCUAUGGAUAUUUCCUGAAUAUCGAUGAAGUGGCUCUGUUUAUUUUAGCUUAUUGUAGAUGUUUAGAUAAACUGCUUUGCUGUCAUACAUCUAAUUGUUUUAACCGAUACCCUGUGAAAUCUGGAACUGGUCCUAAAACCAUACAUGGUAACUUUGAGAUCAAUAAAUUUUAUUGAAGGAUCAAUUAUAUGUUAAGUUGAUGAAUUUAAUUACUUUUAACCAAGGAUUUAAAGAACUUUUAUUUUAUAUCAUUUCAAACCAAAACUAGUUCAAUAUAUACAUGUAUAUCUAAUGUGUAUUGGACAGAGCAAUCAUUCCUUAUAUCUCCUGGAAUUUAACUGCAGAUUCUAUACACAUCAUCUCUUCUAUUGUAAAUAUCAGUAUUUCAUUAGUUGAUUGUUUAAUUUACUCUUGAAAUGAUUUCAAUAAUUUCUAAGUCAUGUAUAGAUUUGCACAGCACUAUUAUAUUUAUCAGAAUUUAUGCUUAUUUUAUAUGCCGGUACUACUGUGUGCUUCCAACUUCUAUAUUCCAUUUUCCAUCAUGGGAUCAAUAGGUUUUCCUUUAAAGAUAUAUUUCCUCAACAGACAUGAUCUAAAAUACAUGAUUAUCGAUUGGAAAACAUAUCUAACCUACCAAGAAAUGUAAAUUUGUUACAAAAUAUAUCGGUUCUUUCAAUAUACUUCAAGCAAAACUCUUUUUCUUGCCAAUAUACAAAUAUGCAAGAUGAUGAAUGAAUGAAUGCCAGCAUUACCUAUUAAUGUGUGACAAAUGCAUGCUUUAUGCCCAAUCUAAAAUAGCAGCGUCAGACCUAGUGGUUGACAGUCUGUAAUAAUUUAUUUUAGUCUAUAAUUUGAGCGUAUGGCAUACAUUGAGAUAAAAAUAUGUUCAGAAGGUCGAACUGAUGACCACAAUUAUUUAUUGAGGGACUGCGUCUUUAAUUGAAGACAGUUUUAAAUGUAGUCCUCAUCUACAGGUGUAGUUUUCUAUAUACACAUAGAAUUGUCAAGAUGUAAUAUUGGCAACAUAGAAAUCCUACAUACUCUGUUGGGCAUUCUGGUGAGAACUUCUGGUUCUGUAGAAUUGAUAUUGUGAUUAUUUCUAGUCAAGAAUCUUGUGUAGGCCUACUAGCUCUAGAUUAUGACAUACAGUAUGUACAAUAUAAAAAUUAUAUAGCAUAAAACUGUCUGGACAUAGCACUUAGUUAAAUGCUCGUUUCUGAUAAUUACUUAAUGAGUUGUUACUCUUAAUCAGAUUUUAAUGUAUUAUAAAUGUUUCAUUACCGAAAAAAGUAAAAAUAUGUGACAACUCUUGUUGACUGCCCGGACGAGUUAGCUGCUAUGGGCGUAUGUUUCGUUGCCUGGCACCCUAUCUUUGUUAUUUUGGGUGGUAAACUAAAUAUUAAUCACCAAAUAAAUACCAAUUUUAUUUACCAACUAUGUUCCAAACUUGGCCCAAAGGCAUGAUAAUAAUGGGUGCCGAUGACAAUAAAAGUCAAAUUUUCUCAGUUAUGCCUGCAUGAAUUUUCUUUAAAUUUGGUAUGAACAAUGUUAAUGGCAAGUCAAAAAAAUCACUGGUCAAAUUUUGACUAUAGGCUGUGGUUUAUCUGGUAUCCAUGGAAACGCAAAAAACCAUAAGUUUUCUUGGAAAUUCUAUUAGUAGAUGCUAAAAAGAGAUAUUGAUAAUCACACCAGUAGAUAGAAAGUAGAGGUUAUAAGCUACAUUUCGACACCAAAAACGUUGGAAAAUAUCAACUCAAAGUACUUUAAGAUCGUUCUUCAUUAUUUACCUUCGAACGGGAUUUUGUGAUUUUGGGUUAAUUCUUUGAAUAUGUCCACAACAAGUUUUAAAAUACAACAAUUUGGAUCAAAAAGUAAAUAUCUACUUUAGUGCACUACUCCACUGCUCUUAAAAUCAUUUUAUACAUUCAAGAAUAACAGUCUUCGACCAUCAAAAAAUAAAAUACAUGAUUAUCGAUUGGAAAACAUAUCUAACCUACCAAGAAAUGUAAAUUUGUUACAAAAUAUAUCGGUUCUUUCAAUAUACUUCAAGCAAAACUCUUUUUCUUGCCAAUAUACAAAUAUGCAAGAUGAUGAAUGAAUGAAUGCCAGCAUUACCUAUUAAUGUGUGACAAAUGCAUGGUUUAUGCCCAAUCUAAAAUAGCAGCGUCAGACCUAGUGGUUGACAGUCUGUAAUAAUUUAUUUUAGUCUAUAAUUUGAGCGUAUGGCAUACAUUGAGAUAAAAAUAUGUUCAGAAGGUCGAACUGAUGACCACAAUUAUUUAUUGAGGGACUGCGUCUUUAAUUGAAAAACAGUUUUAAAUGUAGUCCUCAUCUACAGGUGUAGUUUUCUAUAUACACAUAGAAUUGUCCAGAUGUAAUAUUGGCAACAUAGAAAUCCUACAUACUCUGUUGGGCAUUCUGGUGAGAACUUCUGGUUCUGUAGAAUUGAUAUUGUGAUUAUUUCUAGUCAAGAAUCUUGUGUAGGCCUACUAGCUCUAGAUUAUGACAUACAGUAUGUACAAUAUAAAAAUUAUAUAGCAUAAAACUGUCUGGACAUAGCACUUAGUUAAAUGCUCGUUUGUCAUAUAGAUUUUUUUUAAAUGAGAUACAUAACCUGUAUUUAUUUUUGAAGAAUAGAUUGUAAUAAAUAUUGAAGUUAAUCAACUCCACGACUGAGACAAAUUAACUCCUUACUAAUUGUAAUAUAAUUUAAAUUUAUACACAAUGUGUCUAUUCAUGAGACGUAGAAUCCUAUUGAUUUUAAAUGAUUUCCGAUAACUUAAAGAGCUAAAGUUAUCAUCUGUAUAAUAAAUGUUAGUACUAGGCAAAACUAGAAGCUAAUCAAAUUUUAACUAUAUUUGAUAAUUACUUGUAAAUGCUUCCAUUACCAAAGUAUAAAUAUGUGACAAUCUUUGUUGACUGCUCAGAUGACUUAGAUGCUGUGGGUGUAUGUUUUGUUGUCUGGCAACCUAUCUUUGUAAUGAUUAACCAUAUUAUACGUUGCUAUUAUAGCACAAAGUAUUAGUAGUAUUACAUAUUUAUUGUGAUUGACCUACUACAAGGUUUAAUAAUCUAUUUCACUUUUUCAACACGGAAAUAUUUAACCAAAGCAUAUCAGUUUUGUUCAAAAUCAUGUAUUUAUUAAGAAUAUCAUUUAUGUAUGAUUCAUUUUAUUCUUUAUUUUAUUUAUUUUUCCAUCAAAUUUGUUGACUAACUCAAAGUGGGUUGAAUUCAAGAUGUUUAUCAUUAACAACAUCACAUUGUUUAUAAUUGAAUAAGAGAGAGAUAAAUGCCAGUUUAAGGUCUGCUGGACAAAAACUAGGUCAUUUCCAGAAUAACAUAUGAAUGUUUUUUUGUUUUUGUUUCUUUCGAUAACACGCUUGCGCUGUGGUAGGAAACCGGAGGAUGCAGAGAAACCUAUAAGGUUGGAGGGACGACCCUAUUCCUACGUACAAUCAAGGAAUCGAAACCAUACCACUUGACUCGAUGACAGACCUUAUGAUCUAAUACACAUGCAUUAAGCCUUUCGACAACCCUAAUUGAAUAACAAAUUUUAUUGAAAAGAACUGAGUGCAUGGUAUUUUUUAUUUCAAAGAAAUCAGAAAUAUUUCUACUAAACUUAAGUUGUUACUUUCAUACCCAUGCUAAUAAGUAAAGAUUAAACAAAACAAAACUAAUUUUAAAAGGGUAUCAUGGCUUGAUUAAAAAGUUUAUAAUUUCUCUUUUAUACUGCCUUAAACAUACUGUAUAUAUUGUUGUUCAUAAUCUCUAUAAUACACUGUAUUAUUUUAUUUCUAAUGUAAUAAUGUAAAUAUCUAUUACUUAUAUAAACUUGUACAUAUAUUUAACAUAUAUUGUCUUCAUCUAUGUGUUCAAUUUCUAUAUAUACCAUUUUAUUGUUAUUGUCAAAUUCGUAAAUCUUUGAUAUUUCCAUGUUGUACAUAUAAGGGUAAGCAAUUAUCGAGAAGGCUUUACUGUUUUGUAUUGAAAUGGAUCAAAGUAUUUUCACUUUUUAAAUGUCUAUUGUUGUGGGUUUUGGCACUUACCUUGAAUUUGUGUGGAAUUGGGCUUUAAAUAACACAAAAUGUAUUAUUGUACAAAUAUUGUUUAUGGUCAUGUGUCAUUUGAGUUUUUGAAAUCCUAAACUAUAUGUCUAUAGGGUCAUUCCAUGCCAAUUCACCCCAAAAAUUUUGCAAUUCUGAACCCGACCGUUUUAGCUUGAUCAGACUUAUAGUUUCUGAGAUAGGCAUCUGGAGAUAAAAGACAAAAAGCAGAUGGCUUCAUCUCAGAAACUUUGAAAUUCAGCGUUUUCCGGCCCAACAACAAAAAACCCCACAUACCUAGUUCGAUUGAAAUCUGAGAUGGUUGGGUUUAGGUUUUGGGGUGAAUUGACAUGGAAUGACCCUCCCUAUACAGACAGUCACAUUGUACUUGCUCUAUCUUCUACUUAUGAUCAGCUGAUUGUCAACAGAAUGCAUUAAGACCUGAUUUCAAACAUCUAGUACCAAUCGUGUAGGAUGGUAUGUUUAAAUUAUGUACAUUUCGCUUACACAGUUAUGAUUUUAAAAGAAAGCAAGGUCUAUUCUUUAUUGAUUCCUUAAUGAUGUUCCACUACUGCAGAAUAUGACUGUUUAAAUGAGGUGAAUUUAAAAUUUGCUUUAAAUUAUUUUCACCUUUACCAAUAGAAUAAUUUACCCAUGUUUAAAAUCCUACAAUGUAUAAUUCUUUUUCAUUUAAAUUUAUGACUUGGAUUAUAUUCCUAGAUGUGUGUAAUUAUGGUGGGAAAUAUAAAGUGAGCUUUAAAAUGGUGGUUUAUGAGAUAUUUAGCUAAAUGUAUUGCUUAUAAAAAUUUAUUUGAUUAAUAAUGUAUUAAUUAUAGUUUUGAUUGUCUCAAAUUUU